GUGGAUGCUGGGACGACUCGCUGAUGUUGAUGUCCCUCAUACCUGACAACCCUAAGGGUUAACAAGACGGACAGACACUUUCAUUGCACUGCGAUCACCCUUCAUCUGUACACCGUCAAAUACAGAGUUAUCUGCCCCUGUCUAGAGCGGGCGUGCAAACCCGCCUACAGCUCACCUGAGGCCCAGUGACGCGAACAAGUCAUCAUGAACGCUCUGCUGUUAGCUGUUGCUGUGUUGUGCCUGAUGUGUGUGGGGAGUCAGCGGAUUCGACCCCGAUCUCUGUGUGUGGGCAAUCAGAUCUUUCCCACUAGGAGCACCUGCAGCAAGACCUACUUCCGCUGCGACAACCGCACCACCAUCAGGGGCUCCUGUCUCGAGGACAUGUACCUGGGACCCAACAACUCUUGUGAACCCAGGGCCGAAUGUGGAUCUCCAAGUGUGUCCAGGAGAGGCCGACGGAAGAGACAGACAGGGUCAGGUUCCCCUGGCCAGUGUAAUCAGAAGUUCGACUGCCCUCAAAACCUUGUGUUCUACAUCUACCCCGACUGGGAUAACUGCACCCAAUUCAACACGUGCAGAGAGGGCGUGGUCGAGACUGUCAGCUGCAGCAUCUUCAACCUCAAGUACUACAACCCCAACCUGUUCAGUUGUGAAGUCGACCUCGACCUUGACCCAGUAACACCCCAGAACAACGUCUGCCUCAACAGGGCUGUGCGGUUCGGGAAGUAGAAGCAGUUUUGAAGACGGCGGUUACAGGAAUGUUGAUUGUCCAGUACCUGUAGAUAUCGAUCUAAGGGAUAUUAAAUUAAAGUGAAAACAAAAAACCAAAAAAAUACUGAUGCCUAUUGUGUUUUGGUUUUGUUCAUGGAGACAGUACUGGUAAUCAGUUACCUUAACUGCCGGCAAUAUUUCCUAUGUAUCUUUCGCUAAGGGAGAUGUUUUGCUGAACGUUUUGCAAUAAACCUUUCGAUUCUA